UUUCUCAGAAUACGAAUGACAAAAGUGGUUGAGUCUGUCAGGUCUAUGCUGUAGUUCUGGGUGUCCUUGAAGUCCUAAACAGUCUAAAAACACAACUUUAUUUAUUCUCUCAUCUUAAAUAACUCAGUUUCAGAAGAAUGGGCAUUCUCGUGUCGACGGUCAUGGACCAGAACAUGAAGAAGCAGCAGGAGUUCAUGCUGCACAAUGCCAGAAUCCAGAUGGAGCGUCAGAUCCUCAUGCAGAACGAGAUGCGAGAGCGACAGAUGGCUAUGCAGAUCGCCUGGUCCAGAGAAUUUCUCAAAUACUUCGGGUCUUUUUUCGGUCUGGCUGCAGUUGGCCUCACUGCCGGUGCCAUAAAGAGGAGGAAACCCGGUCUGUUUGCGCCACUGGUGCCGCUCAGCUUCAUCCUGGCGUAUCAGAUGGACAUGGCGUAUGGCUCCUACGUCCACCGCGUGAGAGAGGAAGCUGAGAGCAUCAUGGUGACUGAAGCAGAUCGGCUGAAUUUGCCUCAUGGACCGCCGACAUUUGAGAGCAUUGAGAAAGCGCGCAGAGCAAAAUCCCACCUCCCUCCUCUCUCGGAGAAAUGAGGAACGCUUUCAGCAGUAACACCAAACUGGUUUUUUUAAACAGUCUACAAGCUGUUAAACAGAGACGGGACUCUGAAAUCAUGUGAAAGACGUCACAGGAGAGACGGAGGAGAUGCUGUCAUCUGUUGUGUUGAAUCUCUCUGAUAUCUGAUGUGUGUGUGUGUGUAUGUGAGUGUAUUUGUGAGUACACACACACACACUGAUUGGUAGAAACUGCUCUUUUGGUACGCUCUGUAAAAUGAUGUUGUGUCAAAUAUCUACUGUGUGCUACUGCGAAUCAUCAAAUAAAACAUAAUAAACUUG